CGGUGAAGGGCGCCGCCGACACGUCUGGUGUCGUCUGGUUCACUGUCAAGUACGGUAACGCAGACCGUUGGCACGGCAAACAUGAUCAGGGCGCUGCUCGCUGCACCCCAAUCUUUUUGAGUAUGCCAUCUUGCAAUGGGAUCCAAGGGACUGUGGCUUUCUGUAUAUCACCAUGCAGAGCUCGCUUCAGGACUUCAAUGGGUGCGCAGCUCACGCGCUUCGGACACGUCGUGCCCGGACCCCUCUCGCUCGACCGUAUCCUAAACGCACAAGGCUCCCUCCCGAACAACGCUUGCGGUGUUGUCCCUGCAGCUGGCCAAUCCGAGCCUAUCCACCCAGUCUGCGACGGCGACUUCAUCAUCAGCCCUCUCGAUCUCACUGCCGCUUUCCCGUCGCAGUCCAAGACCGCCUCGUACUACGACGAUGGUGUUGACGGCACGUUCGCUCUGUCAGUGGCAGCCGCCUGCUGAAGCACUCGAUGUAUGUCCCCUCGACGACGUCCGCCGACAGCACGCAGGAUGCCCGCCUCGACGUAGACGUUCACGCGCAGCUGGGCGUCGAGCGGCGGUACCGCGUAUGUGGGCAUGUACACCG